AUGGCUAUUUCAUUCUCUACGAUUCUACUUCCUUCCACUAACCUCACUUCCAAACUACCCAUCUUCAACAACACUCCCCAUUAUCACGCAUUACGCCAUUUCGCAGAUACUCCUAAACGCUUUCACAAAGCUUCCUCCUUUAUUGCUUUUGCUACGAACGGUGACCGUGCUAUUAGAAAAACCACUCCUAGAAGAGAUAGUAGAAACCCGCUUUUGAGUGAAGGGAGAGAUGGAGAUGAAGCUCUUGGACCCAUUUGCCCUGGUUGUGGAAUUUUCAUGCAAGAUAAAGAUCAAAAUCUUCCUGGGUUUUACCAACAAAGAGAGGUUAAAGUUGAGAUUUUUACAGAACAAGAUUAUGGGGUUGAUGAUGAUGUUGAAGAAGAUGAUGAUGUUGAAGAAGCUAAUGAGUUUGAUUUGGAUUCUGAUGAGUUUGAAGCUAUGUUACUCGGUGAAGAAAAGGAUGACAUGCUUGAUUUGGAUGGGUUUGCUCUUCCAGGGGUUGGAUAUGGUAAUAUUACUGAAGAGUUUUUGGAGAGGGCGAAGAAGAAGAAGGUUCCGAAGGCUGAGAAGAAGAGAAUGACUAGGGAAGCUGAGAAGGUGAAAGAAGAGGUUACUGUUUGUGCUAGGUGUCAUUCCUUGAGAAAUUAUGGGCAUGUGAAGAAUCACACAGCUGAGAAUUUGAUACCUGAUUUUGAUUUUGAUAGGUUGAUUUCUACUAGGUUAAUAAAUCCUGCUGGGAGUGGUAGUGCUACUGUUGUUGUCAUGGUUGUGGAUUGUGUUGAUUUUGACGGUUCGUUCCCGAGAACGGCUGUGAAGUCGUUGUUUAAAGCAUUGGGGGGAAUGCAGGAGAAUUCAAAGAAGGGUAAGAAACUGCCGAAGCUUGUUCUUGUGGCUACCAAGGUUGAUCUACUUCCGUCUCAGGUUUCUCCCACGAGGUUGGAUAGAUGGGUUCGACAUCGUGCGAGUGCGGGGGGAGCGCCUAAGUUAAGCGCGGUUUAUUUGGUUAGUUCUCGAAAGGAUUUAGGUGUGAGAAAUGUGCUGUCCUUUGUAAAGACUUUAGCUGGUCCUCGUGGGAAUGUUUGGGUCAUUGGGGCUCAAAAUGCUGGGAAGUCUACUCUAAUCAAUGCAUUUGCGAAGAAAGAGGGAGCUAAAGUUACAAAGCUCACGGAGGCUCCGGUUCCUGGGACAACACUUGGGAUUUUGAGGAUUGGAGGAAUUUUGUCGGCUAAGGCUAAGAUGUUUGAUACUCCAGGGCUAUUGCAUCCGUAUUUAUUGUCAAUGAGAUUGAAUCGGGAGGAACAAAAGAUGGUUGAGAUACGGAAGGAACUUAGACCUCGGUCCUAUAGAAUUAAGGCAGGACAAACUAUACAUGUUGGUGGGUUGGCAAGACUUGACCUCAUUGAAGCCAAUGUUGAAACACUAUAUGUCACAGUUUGGGCAUCACCAAACGUUUCUCUACACAUGGGUAAAACAGAAAAUGCUAAUGAAAUUUGGAAUAAUCACGUUGGAGUCAGGCUGCAGCCUCCCAUUGGCAAUGAGCGCGGAGCUGAACUAGGUAGAUGGAAAGAAAAAGAAACAAAAGUAUCUGGAACUAGUUGGAGUGUCAACUGCAUUGACAUAGCAAUAUCCGGUUUAGGUUGGUUCUCUAUAGGUAUCCAAGGUGAAGCAACCAUGAAAUUAUGGACCUAUGAUGGAAUUGAAAUAACUUUAAGAGAACCAUUGGUACUUGACCGGGCCCCGUCUCCUGAGAAACCAGGUUUUUGGUUACCAAAAGCUCUGUCCGAAGCUAUUGGCAACCAAACUAAACUUGAAGCUCAAAGAAGGAAAAAACUUGAAGAGGAAGAUGAAGAAUACAUAGGGGCAAUGACAGGGAUAUCUUCAUGA